AUGGAUCACAGAGAGAAUACGGACUUCAACGAAGUCGUCAUGAACUUCUUCGGCAGUCUCACUCCAGACAUGGUCAUUGACGGCCUCAUUGACGGCCCUGAUGAAAUACCCGACAUGAAAAUCCCAGAGUAUCGGAAGAACGCCGCGCCCGCGCUCAUGGAUGACAGUGCAACGGGGUUGCACGUCCUGGUUCCGUCGGCACAGGCACCUGCUGCUGUUGAGAUAGGCAAGGACCCUGUGCCCGAAGCGCGGAUGUUUACUCGCUUUGGCGACCUUGCGCCCAAAAUUCGACUCCUGAUCUCGGAGUACCACUUCGUGGAUAAUGUGCUGCCACCGCCUCGCUUCCACCUGCUGGCAGACCCGGCUGGGUGGUUAGACCGGUCUAUCCGCAUACCUACCCGCAGACCGACAUCCCCCUACAUGUGCGGUUUCCUGGAAUGCUUGGACAGACCACCAUACAGGAAACGGGGACACCUCGAGCAACACGAAAUUACCUGUCACAGCGCUGUGCAAGGGAAAAUAAGAUGUUCAUUCUGCCCGAAAUGGUUCAACCGCCGGGGCAACUUGCGACAACACACGUACCUGCACACGUUGAGGGACCAGCCCUACUCCGGGGCAAUGUACCGUCCCGGAGCCGCGGCGUGGUUCGAGGAGGCGAUGCUAGACCGCCAGGACAUCGAAACAGACGACCACCCAAGAUGCGGCGAUCCACCACCACUGCCAGACCCGCCCCUGAUCAACCACGAAGCCUACGCCGUCGCCCUGGUCUGCUGGCGUCGCUUCCGGCGUCGCUUCCGGGUCGCGGACAUCCACUCCAACAUCGGCCGCCACCCGGAGGAGCUCCCGGCCGUCUGGGUCAACUGA